AAUAAGUACAACUUCCUGUUUCUGGAUGACGUCACAACAGAGUGAAUGUGCGAGUGAAUGAAAAGGUCUCUGAUUCAGCUUCACUCGGUCAUCGGUGAAGAAGAAUGACCUCUAUGGAAACAAAAAUGGAAACAUGUAGUUCCAUUGACGAUAGAUCUGAUCGCAAACUGGAUACUGAAACCCAAAUCAAGUCUUUACAGCCUGCCCCUCAGAAGAAUUCAGAGCAGUACUUAAAAGACAGAGACAGUUGUACCAAAUAUUUUGACAACUGGACUGAAUAUGACCAAAUCACAUUUGUCGAACAUUUGUUAUCACGCAUGUGUCAUUAUCAACAUGGACAAAUAAACAGUUAUUUAAAACCCAUGUUACAGAGAGAUUUCAUCUCAGCUCUCCCAGCAAAGGGUCUUGACCAUAUAGCAGAAAACAUUCUGUCCUACUUGGAUGCCAAGUCCUUGUGUGCAGCGGAGGGAGUGUGUAAGGAAUGGUAUCGCGUGAUCUCGGAGGGCAUGUUAUGGAAGAAACUCAUUGAAAGGAUGGUACGAACAGACACUUUAUGGAGAGGGCUAGCUGAGAGAAGGGGAUGGGGAGUGUAUUUAUUCAAAGGAAAAGCAGGGGACACGCCUACAGACCACAAAUUUUACAGAAAUUUAUAUCCACAGAUUAUUGAAGAUAUAGAGAGGAUAGAGACAAACUGGAGGACGGGGCGCCACACCCUCCAGAGAAUUCACUGUAGGAGUGAGACAAGUAAAGGGGUCUACUGUCUACAGUACGAUGAGACUCGCAUCAUCAGUGGACUGAGGGACAACACAAUCAAAGUCUGGAAGUCCAAAAUGAUGUGGGAUCGUAACACGUUAGAAUGUGUUCAAGUUUUAACUGGUCAUACUGGCUCAGUCCUAUGUUUACAGUAUGAUGAUAACAUCAUUAUAUCAGGGUCCAGCGACUCCACUGUCAGAGUAUGGGAUGUACAUACCGGGGAAAUGUUAAACACAUUGAUCCACCACUGUGAAGCUGUACUACACUUGAGAUUCUGUGAUGGCAUUAUGGUUACUUGUUCCAAAGAUCGAAGUAUAGCUGUAUGGGACAUGCAGUCGCCAACAGAAAUAAAUCUGCGGCGAGUAUUAGUUGGACAUCGAGCUGCAGUCAACGUUGUGGACUUUGAUGAGAAAUACAUUGUAUCAGCAUCAGGGGACAGGACGAUCAAGGUAUGGAGUACAUCUACUUGUGAAUUUGUACGCACAUUAAAUGGACACAAGCGGGGCAUUGCUUGUCUCCAGUACAGAGAUUGUCUAGUAGUCAGUGGCAGCUCAGACAAUACUAUCAGGUUGUGGGACAUAGAAAGUGGGGCAUGUCUGCGUACAUUAGAAGGGCAUGAGGAACUUGUACGAUGUAUCAGAUUUGACAACAAACGUAUUGUUAGUGGAGCAUAUGAUGGGAAAAUUAAAGUAUGGGACCUUGCAGCUGCCCUGGAUCCUAGAGCACCUGCUGGUAGUUUAUGCUUAAGGACUUUAGUGGAGCACUCUGGUCGAGUAUUCCGCCUACAGUUUGACGAGUUUCAGAUUGUCAGUAGUUCUCACGAUGAUACCAUUCUCAUUUGGGACUUUUUAAAUGUGCCAAUAGAAACUACAUCAACGUCCAAUAACCGCUCUCCAACGCGGACCUACACUUAUGUGAAUAAUUGAUCUCAGAGGGUGGUAUCCUGCCCUCAUUGUGCGUGUGUGUAUUGAAUGUUAAGGAGGGAGAGAUAGGAGACCCCCUGCAUUCCAGCAUCCCCUCCAUAAUGAAUGUUCAUAGUGUGUGUCAUCGCUCCAUGUGUCUGCUGUUUCAACAAGACUGAAUAACUCCCUGUCUCACACAGAAUCAAGUAAACGUAAAACACAGUGGAGCAUCUCAUUUCCAUUGUUGUCAGCUUUUUUAUGUCUGUUCUAUUAAGUUUUCGAUUAUUUUUUUAAAAGUUCAGUCAUAUUAAUUUUGAUUGACAAGGGGAAAAAAGACAUAGUUUAAUACCAAAAAUUGUCAAAUAUACCAGUAUGAAUUUGGUUUGUAGCCCUUGUUUAUGUAUGUGUCCAACUUGCUUUUUCUUGAAAAUUAUCUUGAACUGAGGCUGAACAAUUUCUAGAGAAACAAUUUUUGAAUCAGGACCAAUGUAGCUUUUAGAAGAUAAUGCAGUUUUCAUCAUCAGCUUUAUUAUUUUCAGAAGUAAAUGCAAACAAUUUAUGUAUUUUACUGUAAUGCAGAUUUAAGCAUCUUCUCUUGAAUUUUGAAUGAAAGUGUGGCUUAAUGUUCAGGUUUAUGUCUGAAAUAUCUGUUUAUAUUGAUUCUCAUAAAAUGUAAAUAAUUUCAAACUAAAAUGACAGGUACAUUUUCAUGUCCAUAUUACAGAAUAAAGAUAUUUGAAUCUCUAGGUUGAAAGAGUUGGUGGUGCUAAUAUAGCUUUUAAGUGGUGUUCUGUGAAACAAACAAAACAACAACAACCUGUCUAUUCCUUUCUAAAUUUUGCAUACUUUAAAUAAACUACCUUUAUGAAAAGCACAGGUAAAUGCAUCAAUCGACUACAUUUUUUUUCCUUGUUUAUAAGGAUUUUUAUUUUUUACGAAACUCUGUAUAGGAUUUUAUUUAGAUAUCAGAAAAUUAAUAAAGAAUUUGAAAUUAAGAAGUGCUAAUGUACAAGAGGUUCUAUCAUAGAGCAGAGAUGUUUGUAUGAAUAUUGUUUGUCCUGGAGAUAAAUGUAUGUAUACUAUAUUUGUGUUCUGCACUACAGAUCAGUACAUGUGUACUAAUCCUAUACAGUGUACGUGUACCACUGUGUAGUACAGAUUAGUGUAUAUGUAUUACAUGUACACUGCAAAUUAGUGUUUUUAUGUACUUCAGAUUUUGUAUGUGUACUGCAGAUUUUGUAUGUGCACUGCAGAUUAGUGUAUAUGUACUGUAGGUAUACCAAGGAUUAGUAUAUCUAUGAGUAUUGAGUACUUCAUGCACGGAAAAUUGGGUGAAAAUCAAUGUACAAGUACUACUAGUACAUUGGUCAUCAAUGUGUGAGUACUACUAGUGCACCCAAGAUCAGUGUUUGAGUACUACUAGUGUACCAGAGAUCAGUGUUUGAGUACUACUAGUGUACCCGAGAUCAGUGUUUGAGUACUACCAUUGUAUAGCAGUGAAGUGUCCGGACGUUUUGUGUACUGAGAGUUUAUGCAGUGCUGUGUGUGCCUAGAUGUAAAUACCUUUGCAAUAUGCCUAAUGAUUGUGAUGUACUAUUUAUUCUUAAAUUUCAGGGGGAUUCAUCUGCUCUAUUUUUUUUUUCUGUUAUAUCGAUUGAGGAAAUCUCAGUUGAAGAAGUAACUUAUAAAUUCUGUAAAAAUACAAAGUUAGCUUUCUAAGUAAUGUGUGUCAUUAUCAUGUGAUUUAACAGCAAAAUUGUACGGUUAUUUAUCAGUGGUUUUCUCUAAUGUUCCCUCAUACCAGAAAACAAUAAAAUUGUUUACUUAU